ACCGAGCCCGGGAAGGCCGGGGGACACCGAGAGCUGCAGUCUGGGCGGGAAGGAGCCUGCACAGAGAAGGCCUGCAGCCCUGAGCCGCAGAAGGCCGGGCAGACCGGCAGCGUGGAAAGCACGGCUCCCUCGGAGGAGAGGGGUGCGGUGCACGGGGCAUUUGGGGUCCCCGAGAAGGGAGGCGAGGAGGUGCAGCCCCACGCAGCCCGGGAUCUGGGAGCCUAGCCGGGCGAGGAGGGCAGAGUCUUGGAGUCCGGGCUGCCCGUGGUAGCUCUUGUCCUUUGGCACCUAAGAUGCACCAGGCAGUUGGGUGAAGUUGAAAUCUGUUUUCAGGGGGGGGCAUUUAAGUUUCCUAUCCCAGAAGCCUGGGGGCUGGGGAUGGGCCGGGGGUCAAGUUCAGCUCCAUCCCAGGGGCAGGAGGAAGUUGGCGGUCAGAUUUCUUUGCUCCCGGAAAUCCAUGGGUCAGGGAGGCUGAAGAAGCCUGCCCAGGUCUGCCGGGUGCCCGCAGCACCACUGGCAGGGCAAGUGAUGCCAUUUCUCUGUGGGCACAAAAUGAGUGUGAAGUGGUUAGCCAGACCAGGAGCUCACCAAGGAGCGUCCAGCCGGCUGCUCUGAUGCCGAAGGGGAGGCAGAAGGCGCCACACUCGGAUGCCCCCCUGGGCCCGCCCACCUGCCUCUGGCUGGAGUUCGCUGGCCUCUUCUUUCUGGUCCCUUGGGCCACGGGUGUGGCAACACCAGGUGGGCCCUCGGGCCACAGCCCAGGGGGGCUCAGCUGGGCUGUGCACCUGGACAGCGGGGCAGGCGAGGGGCUGAAGAUGUUGGAGCAGCAGGCUGAUGCCUUGGCCCAGGCCGCGGGGCUGGUGAAUACCGGCCGCAUUGGGGAGCUGCAGGGCCACUACCUCUUCGUGCAGCCUGCUGGGCCCAAGCCGGUGGAGGUCAUCCGGCGACAGGCAGAGGCUGUGCUCGGGAUGCACAAAGCCGUGCGUUGGCACUCAGAGCAGAGGCUACUGAAGCGGGCCAAGCGCAGCCUCCACUUCAACGACCCAAAGUACCCGCAGCAGUGGCACCUGAAUAAUCGGCGGAGCCCUGGCAGAGACAUCAACGUGACUGGAGUCUGGGAGCGCAAUGUCACUGGACAAGGGGUGACAGUGGUGGUGGUGGAUGACGGCGUGGAGCACACCAUCCAGGACAUUGCACCCAAUUAUAGUCCGGAAGGCAGCUAUGACCUCAACUCCAAUGACCCUGACCCUAUGCCGCACCCUGAUGAAGAGAAUGGCAACCACCACGGCACACGGUGUGCGGGGGAGAUCGCUGCGGUGCCCAACAACAGCUUCUGUGCUGUGGGCGUGGCCUAUGGGAGCCGCAUAGCAGGUAUCCGGGUGCUGGAUGGACCCCUGACCGACAGCAUGGAGGCCGUGGCGUUCAACAAGCACUACCAGAUCAAUGACAUCUACAGCUGCAGCUGGGGACCAGAUGACGAUGGAAAGACGGUGGAUGGCCCCCACCAGCUCGGAAAGGCAGCCCUGCAGCAUGGAGUGAUAGCCGGCCGCAAGGGUUUCGGCAGCAUCUUUGUGGUUGCCAGCGGCAACGGAGGCCAACACAACGACAACUGCAACUAUGACGGUUACGCCAACUCCAUCUACACGGUCACCAUAGGUGCCGUGGAUGAGGAGGGCCGGAUGCCAUUCUACGCAGAGGAGUGUGCCUCUAUGCUGGCCGUCACCUUCAGUGGUGGGGACAAGAUGCUCCGGAGCAUUGUGACCACUGACUGGGACCUCCAGAAGGGCACAGGCUGCACGGAGGGCCACACAGGGACCUCAGCCGCAGCCCCCCUGGCAGCCGGCAUGAUCGCCCUGAUGCUGCAGGUGCGGCCCUGCCUCACCUGGCGCGAUGUCCAGCACAUCAUCGUCUUCACAGCCACCCAGUAUGAGGAUCGGCGAGCAGAUUGGGUCACCAACGAGGCUGGCUUCAGCCACAGCCACCAGCACGGGUUUGGCCUACUCAACGCUUGGAGGCUGGUUAACGCAGCCAAGAUCUGGACGUCUGUCCCUUACUUAGCCUCCUAUGCCAGCCCCAUGUUAAGAGAGAACAAGGCAAUCCCCCUGUCUCCCCACUCGCUGGAGGUCCUCUGGAAUGUCAGCAGGACGGACCUGGAGAUGUCAGGGCUGAAGACACUGGAGCACGUGGCGGUGACAGUCUCCAUCACACACCCUCGGCGGGGCAGCCUGGAGCUGAAGCUGUUCUGCCCCAGCGGCAUGAUGUCCCUCAUCGGCACCCCACGCACCAUGGACUCGGACCCCAACGGCUUCAAUGCCUGGACCUUCUCCACCGUGCGGUGCUGGGGAGAGAGGGCCAGAGGGACAUACAGACUCGUGGUCAGGGAUGUAGGAGACGAGGUAGCCCCAGCUGGCCUGCUCCAGCAGUGGCAGCUGACCCUCUACGGCUCCACAUGGAGCCCUGUGGACAUCAGAGACAGGCAAAGGCUGUUAGAAAGUGCCAUGAGUGGGAAGUACCUUCGUGAUGACUUCACCCUGCCCUGUCCUCCCGGGCUGAAGAUUCCUGAGGAAGACGGUUACACCAUCACCCCAAACACCCUCAAGACCCUGGUGCUGGUGGGCUGCUUCACCGUCUUCUGGACCGUUUACUACAUGCUGGAGGUGUACUUAAGCCAGAGGAGUGUGGCCUCUCGCUUGGCUUGCAGGAGUGGGCCCUGCCACUGGCGCCAGCGCAGCCGGAAAUCCAGGGAAGAGGGCACAGAGCUGGAGUCGGUGCCGCUUUGCAACGGCAAGGACCCGGACUCGGUGGAGACUGAGCGUGAGGGCCCCCUGACCUCCAGUCUCCUUGGGCCAGACCUGCUGGGUCCGGGGGACUGGGACCUAUCCCCAGGCAGGAGUGCCCAGAACUGUCUCUGCCAGCACCUGCCCCCCGACCUACUGCAGGGGAAGGAGGAGCAGAUUUGCUGACCCAGGGCUGGACAGCCUCCAUGUGGAAAGGGCUCUUCCUCCCCCUGGACUAGGGGUGCUGGGGAAGCUGCUUGGACUCCCAGAGGGUCCGGGGAGAGGGUAGCCCCAAGCCUCCUACGGAAUCCAGGGCCCUGCCAGCACAAGGGCAUUCUUUAGGCACAGGUGGCUGAGGAACGCUGGCAAGUGGCAGCAGCAACAGGGCCUUUCAGCCCCACCAGGGGUCCACCAGGGGAGAAGGCCUACCCCCUUGGCAGGCUGCCCCCCUUCGUUUCUCCUGGGUGGGGGCCUUAGAGCCCCUGACUGUGUUGGUAAGAAAGCACUGCCAAGGGCCUGAGAAGCAUCUCAGAGGAAGCAUCAUGGGGAUCACCUGGGAGUAAGGCUCGGGGCAGAGUCGGAGUGCACAAAUGCCUGUUUUCAGUGGCCCAAAACAGACUUCCUCUCCCUCCUUGCCCACCUGCCUGCCCCAGCCUUGGACCUGGGAUGCAGCCUAGCACAUAUGCCCUGAACACAGCUGCUUCCACCAUCCUGGAUCAGAAGUCAGCCUCAAACACACCCCCAACUCUCACACCUUGGCCUCUUCCUCCUAGAAGCUCUGGGGAUGCUCCUGGCAAAGGGGGUUGGGGGCGGACCCCCUGCGUCUGUGCUGCUUCAAAGGGGGUCCACAGCAGGGCAGGGCAGGGCGAGGCGGGUGUUGCCCUGAGCUCCAGCCUUCCUCAGCAGAGUGCUCAGGGAAAUGGCCUCUCCCACCAGAGGCCGGGCUCAACUCCCACCCACCUGUGGCCUGUCCGCCACUGCUGAGCUUCUUGGUUGAUCUGAAUGGGUGUGUUUUGUUUAUUUGUUUUUUAUGCUUCAGGUUUGAUUUUUCUCUUUUUUUUUUUUUCACUGCAACAUUUUGUUGAAUUUUUUUUUCCUGCACAGCCUUUUCCAAAAUAGAAACCGUCCACACAGUC